AUGGACGAAGACGUCGUCCUAGGAAAAGGGUGGAUGGACUAUCAAAACGUAACUAUUGCUCUAGCGAAGAGGAGCUUGUUUAUCUACUCAAAGGGCAUUCGAGUAAGCGCGGCCACGUUCGCAGGUCUCCUGAAGAGAUCUAAGGACCCAGAGAAUGGAGUGCGCGUGUUUGCUGCCUCCAUUGCAGAUAUCAACAAGGCGUUAGCGCCAAAGAAGGCAAUAGACGUAAGAUCGCUGUUGCCGAAGCACUAUCAGAACUACUACGAGCUCUUUAAUCCGAAGGAGGCAGCGAAGCUUCCCCCACAUAGAGGACCUGGAGUAGAUCACCGAAUCGAGUUCGAGCCGAAGAACGGUCAGCAGCCACAGCCGCCGUGGGGUCCACUGUACGGUAUGUUAAGAGGCGAGCUUUUGGUGCUCAGAAAGGAGCUCACCUCUCUGCUCGAAAAAGGGUUUAUACGCGUGAGCAGCUCCCUAGCUUCAGCACCAGUCCUAUUCGCAAAGAAGCUAGGAGGAGGGUUACGACUGUGUAUUGACUACCGAGCGUUGAACGCGAUAACUAGGAAGGAUAGGUACCUAUUACCGCUUAUCCGAGAGACGCUCAACAAUCUGAGUAAGGCUAAAUGGUUCACUAAGCUAGACGUGAUCGCAGCCUUUCACAAGAUCCGUGUAGCCGAAGGCGACGAGUAG